AUGGGCCAUCUCGUCUCGAUGGUCGAGAUGGCCAAGCUCCUCGUCGAUCGUGACCCGCGCCUCUCUGUUACUGUCCUCAUUAUGAAGCUUCCGUUCGACUCCGACGUUGACUCAUACACAAACUCACCUGCUACCUCCGUGGCCGCCGCCCGCAUCCACUUCGUCCACCUCCCGCAUGAGAACACUGAGGCCGAGAUCUCCUCAGGCAAUUUCAUCGAACACGUUAUCGAAUGCAACAAUCCCCACGUCAAGCAGAUCGUGACCAAGCUUGCCAAAUCGGCCGGCUCAACCGGGUGGCUCCCAGGGUUCGUUCUUGACAUGUUUUGCACCACCGUGAUCGACUUGGCGGAUGAGUUCGGACUCCCGUCCUAUGUCUUCUUCUCAUCGAGCUCCGCGUUCCUCGGCUUGAUGCUGCACCUCCAGUCGCUCCAAGACGAGCACCACGUGGACAUAACCGAAUUCAAGGACUCGGCUGGUGAGCUGGACUUCCCGAGUUUCAUGAAUCCAUUGCCAGCCAAGGUCUUACCCACCCUGGUGCUGAUGAAGGACGCAGUCGGAAUGUUCCUGGAGCACGCCAAGAGGAUGAGAGCAACCAAGGGCAUUGUCAUAAAUACGUUCGACGAGCUCAAUUUGCAUGCAGUGAGGUCCUUGGUGGACCUCGGGGCGCCCGCAGUGUACCCCGUGGGGCCGAUACUAAAUCUGAAGAGUGAAACUAAAAAGAAGGGUGGCCGCGGAGGCGAUGACAUCAUGGAGUGGCUCGAUGAGCAACCACCUUCAUCGGUGGUUUUCCUAUGCUUUGGGAGCAGGGGUAGCUUCAGCGACGAUCAGGUGAAGGAGAUGGCCUGCGCACUGGAGCGGAGUGGGCACCACUUCCUGUGGUUCCUACGGUUGCCACCGCCGAACGGCAAAAAUUGGUACCUGCGUGACUACGAGGACUCCACAAAGAUCCUGCCUGAGGGGUUCCUGGACCGGACUUCUAGCAUCGGGAAAGUGAUUGGGUGGACCCCGCAGGCUGCGGUCCUGGCCCACCCGGCGAUCGGGGGAUUCGUGUCGCACUGUGGACGGAACUCCACCCUCGAGAGCAUAAUAUCUCGUCGCAUAACUUUUAAUCCGUAUCUUAUAUUUUGA